AUGGGUGCCAAAGAGUCGAGGAUUGGGUUCCUAUCGUAUGACGAGGCAGUCAAGAGAGUUACAGAUUUAGAAUUGAAACGACUUAAGGAUGCCUUCAAUAGAACCAGCGGCCUCUCCUUUUACAUGUCUCCACAGUGCUUCAAUAAUGAGGUGUUGGGAAAUGGAGUUCCACCAAAUGUUGCAGAAAUGCUCUACACUUCAUUUGGGGGCACCUCUAAAGGACUUCACUUGAGCAAUGUUGUUGUGGGUCUGGUACUUCUGACACGUGGACGAAACGACGAGAAGGCCAAGUUCAAUAUGGGAAUGCAUCGCAUCCUCGAACACCUCUACAGCGCGGGGACCUACAUGAGGAUGCUGUUUCUGGACUUCAGCUUUGCGCUCAACACCAUCAUCCCCGAGCUUCUCUCGAAGCUUCUUAAAUUCAGUGUCUUGCCUGCCAUCUGCCAGUGUAAUAACUAUUUUCUGUGCAAGAUGCACCGUGAGACUAACAUCAACUCCAUCCUCCAAAAGGCCCAGCAGAGCAUCUACUUCCUACGGCUUCUGAGGAAGCAUGGCCUGCUGCUGAAGCUGUUGAGGAAGUCUUCCACAGCGCUCAUCGGAGUAAUGCUGUGUUACUCCAUCACAGGGGAUAAGGUGAACUUUGAGCACUUCAGGGACUGGCUCCUAGAGAAUAAAGAAGCCUUCACUUUAUCCAGGUGGCUUCUGUCAGGAGUGUCUGCCAUUCUAACAGAUAACAGUGAGACACCCACUUUCUACCAGACCCUGGCAGGCGUCACACAUUUGGAAGAAUCUGACAUUGUAGACUUGGAGAAGCACUAUUGGCUGCUGAAAGCACAAUCAAGAACUGGCCGCUUUGACUUGGAAACUUUUGUCCCACUGGUCUCGCCUCCAAUCCAUAUCUCCAUAUGUGAAGGUUUGUUUUCUGCCUUUGAUGAAAAUCAGGACAACCACAUUGAUUUUAAGGAACUAUCUUGUGGACUCUCAGCCUGCUGCAGGGGACCUAUUGCUGAAAGGCAGAAAUUCUGUUUCAAAGUGUUUGAUGUGGACCGUGAUGGAGUUCUAUCACAUGAUGAACUCGGAGAUAUGGUUCUGGUCUUGCUGGAGGUCUGGAAGAACAAUUGCAUUGACAUGGUCCCGGAGCUGUUCAGUAAUGUUUCCGAGAUCACCAAAGGAAUUGUAAAAGUGCAUGAUAAGAAUAAUCUUGGCUACCUAACCCUGGAGGACUACCAAAUCUGGAGUCUACAGAAUGCUUUGGCUCACGAAUUUUUAAAUCUUCUGUUCAAGGUUUGCCAUAUAGUAUUGGGGCUCAAGCCUGCUACCUCUCAGGAGGAAGGACAAAUGAUCAGGGGCUGGUUGGAGAGAGAAAACAGACUUGGGCUACAGCCUGGCCAGAGCUGGUUUCUUAUAUCUGUGCAAUGGUGGCAGCAGUGGAAGAACUAUACUAAUUAUGUAACCCACGGUCACCUAUCCCUGGAUGCAGCACAGAGGCCAGGAGCCAUUGAUAACCAAGAUCUGGUCAUGACUGACACCAUCAAGGUUCCAACAUUAACGAUGGAGGGUGGCAGGCUGAAACACAGCUUGCAGAAUCAUAGACAUUUUGAGAUUGUCCCAGAGCCAGUUUGGCGAGCACUUUACCGGUGGUAUGGUGCCAACCUCAGCCUGCAACGACCAGUAAUCCUGAACAAUGAGACAGGCCAAGCUGAAUUGGAGCUUUUCCCUUGUUCCCUCCACUUCCUACGACACCAGUCAGCCCCACCCUCCUCUCAGUCCAAUAUCUGGACCAAUAUAGGUAAUGUGCCAUCUCCCAACAUUCCUCCGAAGCGAGUGUUGGUUUACAAUGCCUGCUUUAGCCGUAUGGCAUCGAUCAAGGACAUUCAUCUCUAUGUGUCUCAGAAACUUUGCAUCAAGGAGGAAAACAUUAGACUGUGGCUUUAUAACAGCGAGAACUAUCUUACCCUUCUGGACGAUGAGGAUAAUACACUUGAAAGUUUGCAGAUCCAGGAUGAGCAGCAGCUAGUCAUUGAAAUCAGGAACAAAGACAUGAGCUGGCCUGAAGAGAUGUCUUUGAUUACCAACAGCAGUAACAUGGAAAGACAUAAAGCGCCAACAGAGAAGGGGGCCACAGGCCUUAGUAACCUUGGCAACACCUGUUUCUUGAAUUCUAGUAUCCAAUGUGUGAGUAAUACAAGGCCUCUCACCGAGUACUUCAUCUCCGGGGGACAUUUCUAUGAGCUUAACAGAUCCAACCCAAUUGGUAUGCAAGGUCACUUGGCAAAAUGUUAUGGUGAUCUUGUGAUGGAGCUGUGGAGUGGGACACAGAAGAAUGUGGCUCCUCUCAAACUCAGGUGGACAAUAGGAAAGUACGAUCCACGCUUUAAUGGUUUCCAGCAGCAGGAUUCCCAAGAGCUGCUGGCAUUCCUGUUGGAUGGUCUCCAUGAAGACCUAAAUAGAGUCCAUGAGAAGCCCUAUGUGGGACUUAAAGACAGUGAUGGCCGGCCUGACGGAGAGGUCGCUUCUGAGGCAUGGGAGAAUCACCUGCGCAGGAACGACUCUAUUGUGGUGGAUUUGUUCCACGGUCAACUAAAGUCACAAGUAAAAUGCAAGAUCUGUGGCCACAUCAGCUCACGUUUUGACCCUUUCAACUUCUUGUCCCUGCCGCUACCUAUGGAUACAUCAAUGCAUCUGGAGAUAACUGUUAUUAAAUUGGAUGGUUCAACUCCUGUCUGCUAUGGCUUAAGGUUAAAUAUGGAUGAGAAAUACACUGGACUUAAAAAACUGCUGAGUGACAUGUGUAAACUGAAGCCUGAACAGAUUCUUCUAGCUGAAGUUCAUGGUGCCAAUAUUAAGAAUUUCCCCCAGGAUCACCAGAAUGUCUAUCUGACUGUAAACAGCUUUUUGUGUGCUUUUGAGAUCCCAGUGCCAGGUUCUUCAGCAUCAAAACCACCAGGAAGUGGUAAUGCUGUUACUGGCUACAUCAUUGCCAUGCACAGAAAAAUGAUACGUACAGAGCUUUACUUCUUGUCAUCUCAGAAGAACAGACCUGUUGUGUUUGGCAUGCCAUUGACUGUUCCCUGCACUGUUCACACCACAAAGAAAAAUCUGUAUGAUGCUGUCUGGAUCCAAGUAUCUCGACUUGUCAGCCCACUGCCGCCUCAGGAUUCAAGCAACCAUGCCCAGGAUUGUUAUGACAGCUUGGGCUACCAGUACCCAUUCACUUUACGGACUGUGGAUAAGGACGGUACCUCAUGUGCCUUUUGCCCUUGGUAUAGGUUUUGUCAUGGCUGCACAAUUUCGUGUACAGAGGAAAGAGCCUCAUUUGGCAAUGGUUGCAUUUCUGUGGACUGGGACCCUACUGCCCUGCACCUGCGCUACCAGACCUCCUUGGAGAGAGUUUUUGAGGAACACUGCAGUGUGGAGAUGUCUCGUCAGACCAAGGCUGAGCCAAUCAGUCUAGAUAGUUGUUUGAAAACCUUCACAAGCGAGGAAGAGCUCGGGGAAGAUGAGCUCUAUUAUUGCUCCAAAUGUAAAACCCACCGGCCGGCCACAAAUAAAAUUGACCUCUGGAGACUUCCACCUAUACUGAUUGUCCACUUCAAGCGGUUCCACUUUGUGAAUGGUUGUUGGAUCAAGUCUCAAAAGAUUGUUAAGUUCCCAAGGGAGAAUUUUGACCCCAGCAACUUCUUGGUUUCCAGGGACCUUGAACUGUGCUUCCAUCAGGGUCAUGACGUCACCACAAACUGCAGCACAGAGAGCCAAAAAAGAAAAUAUUUGGAUUCCAUCUACAGUCUCUAUGCAAUAUCAUGCCAUACAGGAAUCAUGGGUGGAGGCCACUACGUGACAUAUGCUAAAAACCCCAAUGGAAAGUGGUACUAUUACAAUGAUAGCACCUGUAAGGAAGUGCAUUUUGAAGAGAUUGAUACUGACUCAGCCUACAUGCUCUUCUAUGAGCAACAGGGAGUAAAUUACUCACAGUUCCUGCCAAAGAUGGAUGGGCAGGAAAUGGCUGACACCAGUGGCAUCGAUGAAGACUUUGAGUUAGACUACAAGAAAUACUGUGUCAUCCAGUGAGCUGGUCUUCUCAUCAAUCAUUACCCACCAUACCUUCCUGGUUUCUCCUGCUUCUCUACUUUUAAAUAUGCAGAACAAUGAACUAUAAUUACUGUCUCUCAACAGUACUUUUAAAAAGUAAGAGGUAUUCUUCUUUUAA